AUGGCAUCGACAAAUUUUUUAGGCGUCAACCAUGGUGCACAAGUUGCAAACAAUUAUAGGACAAUCAACGGGCAAUUUCAUGCCGCUCCAGAGCGACCAGAAACCCCACCUGACCCUUCAUCGACCGUACCAUUCGCGCGCGACCGGGAUUUUAUACGCGAGAACUAUUCGGUUCCAGGGUCGAGGACAGCUCUAGUUGGGCUCGGCGGUGUCGGAAAAUCACAACUCGCCAUCGAAUACUCAUAUCAGAUCCGAUCUGAAUCACCGGCCACAUGGGUUUUUUGGGUGCACGCGAGCAAUCAGGCCCGAUUCGAGCAAAGCUUCUGGGACAUCGCAGAUCAGGUUAAGAUACCCGGCCGUCGAGAACCCAAAGCCAACAUUUUCGAACUAGUCCAAAAUUGGCUGCGAUACGAGAAGAAGGGAAGUGGAUUUGUGUCUUCGAUAAUGCAGAUGACUAUGAACUCCUUUGUUUGCCCCAAACUGUCGCAAAUCACGCUCAUGCGAUGGAACUAA